UAGUUUCAAAAGAAGAGGUUAUUUAGUUCAGUCACCACAACACCAGUCGAGUUAUGGCAGAGAAAUCUGAACAGACUGAUGCUCCUUCUCCAUAUAAAGACCUAACCUUACCGGUCAUGUUUCCCGAACUGCAUAGAGAAGAUGAGGGUGGUGCUACUACCUUCUCAUCGUCGACAUGCAACCCCAACCUGUGGAAUAUGUUGCAUGCAGCCGAGACCAGAUGGAGCGAGCAGUCUCAACCGUCCAACGGAAACGGGGCCGAGGUGUCCGUUGGGGCGGGAGAGACAGUGAUCGAAGCGCUAAAUAUGGAGAGGCAAAUCCAGUUUGCUGAUCAGAAGCAGGAGUUUAACAAACGUCUCACUAAGACCGGGCGUCGUUCCCUGUCCCGCUCCCUCUCCCAUUCCUCCACAGACAGCUACAGCUCAGCUGCGUCGUACACAGACAGUUCAGAGGAUGAGAUGUCUCCUAGAGACAGGCAGCAGAGGAGCUCUAAGGGACAUCAAGACUUCUGCAUCAAGAACAUCAAACAGGCCGACUUCGGACGCAGGGAGAUCGAGAUUGCUGAACAAGAGAUGCCAGCUCUGAUGGCCCUGAGAAAUAGAUCAGGGGGCGAAAAGCCGCUGGUUGGUGCUAAAGUAGUGGGCUGCACUCACAUCACCGCUCAGACCGCUGUCUUGAUCGAGACUUUGUCUGCGUUGGGGGCUCAGUGUCGCUGGGCAGCCUGUAACAUCUACUCCACUCAGAAUGCUGUGGCUGCAGCUCUGGCUGAGGGAGGCUUCUCUGUGUUUGCAUGGAAGGGGGAGUCGGAGGAUGACUUCUGGUGGUGUAUUGACCGCUGUGUCAGCCUGGAGACCUGGCAGCCCAAUAUGAUCCUGGAUGACGGGGGAGACCUGACCCACUGGAUCUUUAAGAAAUACCCCAACAUGUUCAAGAUGAUCAAGGGAAUCGUGGAAGAGAGUGUCACAGGGGUUCACAGGCUGUACCAGCUGUCCAAGGCAGGGAGACUGUGUGUCCCUGCUAUGAACGUCAAUGACUCCAUUACUAAGCAGAAGUUUGACAACCUCUACUGCUGCAGGGAGUCCAUACUGGAUGGAUUGAAACGCUCUACAGAUGUGAUGUUUGGGGGAAAGCAGGUGGUGGUGUGUGGCUAUGGAGAGGUUGGUAAAGGUUGCUCUGCCGCUCUGAAGGCCAUGGGCUCAGUAGUGUAUGUCACGGAGGUGGACCCCAUAUGUGCCCUGCAGGCCUGCAUGGAUGGCUUCAGACUGGUCAAGCUCAAUGAGGUCAUCAGACAGGUGGACCUGGUCAUCACCUGCACAGGCAACAAGAAUGUGGUAGCAAGAGAGUACCUGGACAGGAUGAAGAACGGCUGCAUCGUCUGUAACAUGGGACACUCCAACACUGAGAUAGACGUGGUGAGUCUGCGGACCCCAGAGUUGACCUGGGAGAAAGUGAGAUCACAGGUGGACCAUGUCAUCUGGCCCGAUGGCAAGAGAAUAAUCUUACUGGCUGAAGGUCGUCUGUUGAAUCUGAGCUGCUCCACAGUGCCCACCUUCGUCCUCUCCAUCACCGCCACCACACAGGCACUGGCUCUGAUAGAGCUUUACAACGCCCCAGAGGGACGAUAUAAACAAGACGUCUACCUUCUGCCCAAAAAGAUGGAUGAGUUUGUGGCCAGUCUCCACCUGCCAACGUUUGAUGCCCACCUCACAGAGCUGACGGAUGAGCAGGGCAAAUACCUGGGCCUCAGCAAGACCGGACCCUUUAAACCGAACUACUACAGAUACUAAUCUAUGGUAGUGAAGACCAAAGACGUACCAUACCAUCCCAAAGACAUAUGUGGCUCAGAGGGAAGGAGGACCAGGAGACCUGGCUCAGAUUUGUGUUUGUGGGGGAACUAUAGCCCAGCACUGACGGGUAACACCACAACCAUGAUGUCUGACUGACCUUUAACCCCUGUCCUCUGACCUCUGCUGAGCCAUCUGACCUCACUGGAGGGCCGUCAUUGGUCUGAGAGAAUUGAUAUGCUGAGAAGCUCUUUUUUUAAUGUACAUAAAGUAUUAUUGUGAACAGAAGCAGAAAUGAUCAUUUCCCACCAGAUUCAUAUCCCAAGGCCAGACUCAGUUGCCGGGUUUGAGUUUUCUAUUUUCCAUUAUUUUUAUCUGUUGUCUGAAGUGGCGGGGUUUGGAGGAGGUGUAUUUUAUUUAUCAGAAUCUUACAAAAAUAUCAAGUUGUAACAGAGGAACACAGAUUAUCUAAUAAAAAUAUAAAUACA